UGAUUUGAUUUGAUUACAGGUGGUAUGUUCCGGAAGAUUAGAUUAGAUAAGGCAUAUGCGAGAUUAUUUUCCAAUCCACCGUAGCAGAUCUCAUUCAUUCUUUUCUUUUCUUUCCAUUCAAUCACGCCCUCUCUUCCCUUCCCUUGGCGCAAUGAAUUCCAACUUCAAUUUCGAUUUCGAUCUCGGCAUCGGAUCCAACCGUCCCAAAUCCCUUAACGACCAGAAAAACCCCAAACCAACUCCCUAUUCUUCCUAUUCCACCACCACCACCGCUUCCUAUUCCUCCUCCCAACCCAAUAAACAACCUGCAUGGACCCACCAACCCUCCCCCACUCAGACCACCGCCUUGCCCGGUGGCCCCCCCUCCAUGGUCGGAGACAUCUUCGGCAAGAGCUGGGGAACCCCUCAACCUUCUUCUGCUUCCAAAAACAUCGGGAUCGUCAAUAAGAACCCUAACCUUUUCGGAGAUUUGGUAAGUUCUGCUUUGGGCCAGGGUUCCAAGACCAACGUUCCUCUUAAAAAUGCUCCCACUCCCGCGCCCAAUAAAUCCACCUUUUCAAUGGGAAAUAUGGCUGAUUCUUUGCCCAAAACUGGUUCCACGCCGCAGAGCAGUUCUACUUGGGCAUCGUCCUCUGGGGGUUUUAAUGUGAGUGCCAAUAAAACCACUCUCAAUCUUGGGGGUCCUUCAUUGCGAAACAUGGGUACUGGAAUUGGAACCAAUUCUAAUAACAAGGAUCCCUUUAGUUCUUUGUCUGGUAUUGGAUCCAAGCAAUCUGCUACUCUUAAUUCAGCUCCCAAAGGACCAAAGGUUGAUUUGGGGGACGAUGGUUUUGGUGAUUUUCAAAAUGCUUCCAAACCCAGCUCCACUGCGUUUCCAUUCACUGCUUCUCCUGGAAUUGAUAUCAAUUUUACUGGAUCAGGUGAUAGUGGUGAUCCAAUGGACAUGUUUUUUACGGCAACUUCCUCCUCGGCCUCUGGUGGAGGUGCUGCUGCGGCCUCUGAUGGAUUUGGAACACAGGAUGAUUGGGGUUUGGAUUCGGAGUUUGGUGGGGGAGGCCAUGAUGUAGGUGGCACCACUACUGAGCUUGAGGGGCUGCCUCCUCCUCCUUCCGGGGUGUCAGGUUCCACUGCCAAAGGCAAAGGGAUGGACAAUUACAAGCAGGGGCAGUUUGCCGAUGCUAUUAAGUGGCUUUCGUGGGCCGUCAUCCUUCUACAGAAAGCUGGGGAUAGUGCGGCCACUGUCGAGGUUUUGUCGUGCAGGGCUUCGUGUUACAAAGAAGUUGGGGAGUAUAAAAAGGCAGUUGCAGAUUGUACAAAGGUUCUUGAAAAUGAUGAAACCAAUGUAUCUGUCCUGGUACAGCGUGCUCUGUUAUAUGAGAGUAUGGAAAAGUACAGACUUGGUGCUGAAGACCUUAGGACUGUGCUGAAGAUUGAUCCCGGUAAUAGAAUUGCUAGAAGCACUGUUCACCGGUUGGCUAAGAUGGCUGAUUAGGAAUUCUUUUGUCAUUUUCUUUUUCCUUUAACAUGCCAUAUAGGUUUUUACAUCACCAACAACCCCCAUUUCCUUUGGCCUUUAUAGUUAGGGGGUGAUACAUAAGGACUGCUUUUGAAUGUUGUCACCCUUCAUAUGAUAUUGUGAUGUAUGGUUUAUUUCAUUUUGGCUAUGUCUUGAAAUUAAAAUUCUCGUUGCCUUCUCCCAGAUUUGCACUUAAUAGGAUUGCCAUAUUCUUUUUCUACUUGUUAUCUUGUGUUUGGAUUGUUUGCAUAUUAAGAAAGACAUUUGUUAUUUCUUAAAAUUGUGAAGAGAGAAUGCCUUCCCGUUACUCUAUGGAAAGAAAUUUGAUUUACAGAA